ACAGCGAUCUUUUCUCUGUUGAUCUAUCUUGGCUGUUUAUUUGAUUUCAGGCAUCAAUUCUAUUUGCACUCUCGUUUGGAGUUACUCGAGGGUAGAUUGAAAGUGCCGGAUUGGGGUUCUGUGGCGCGUUUGAUCGCCCUGAUAGCGCAGGCUGAUACCGGUGAUUACGACGCGUUGUCACCGCCGAACGCACUCUACUCGCAAUGUUGCCAAAUUCAACCAGCGGAACCGUGCGAAUCGAAACCUCAAGACUUUCUCCAUCGGAUAGUUCAGCAACACAAGGAAAUCAAGGGGAUGAAAACCUCCACGGCGGAAUACUGGUUACUGAAGGAGGUGUCCAAUUUGGAUACGUUCGGCCAGGAGAUGUUCCACAGCAAAUUCGGAUACAACGGAGUAUCGAUGAUCGGAGUCGGGCCCCACGGUAUCACGGUUUAUCGUAAUCACGACGAGGAAACGCAAAACAUACCAUAUACGGCGAUACAAAGUGCAACGUCCCAACGGCGAAUGUUUCAUUUGGUUUACCUCUCCCUCGACGGCGAGGAAACGUCGUUAAAUUUCAAAUUGGACUCGAGUCAAUCAGCCAGUGGACUUUACCGGGCGAUUACCGAGAAGCACGCGUUUUACAGCUGCGAGACGGUCAGGAGCGCGGUUACAGCCCAAUUCAUACGCGACUUGAAGGGCACCAUUAUCUCGAUAUUCAACGAGGACUCGACGUUAGGGAAGAAAUACGUGUUCGACAUUCGUAGAACGUGUCGAGAGGUGUACGACAACGCCCGGCGUGCUCUCUACUGUGAAGCUGCGACCGUUAGCUUGCCAGAGGAGAAGGAAAUUUUGGAGAAGCAUGAUUGCGGAGACUGCGAGGAUCCCAAAUGCAAGGAAUCUCGGGAGUGUCUAGCAAGGCUGUUGGACGCGAUGCUGUGCCGCAUUUGCAUGGACCGUAGUUUAGAUACCGCCUUGUUUCCCUGUGGACACGCAGUAGCCUGCUUAGACUGUGCUAGACGAUGCGAGCGUUGUCCCCUAUGUCGAGCCGAUAUCGACCAUUGUCGGACGAUAUAUCUUCCGAUCGAGCUGACCCACGUUGAUAAACACAAUCCAAAAUUGCUGUCGGAGUCCAUCGAACCUAGUUACGGUAACUCGUCUGCCGAAGAAAUUCAAAAAAGAACUUUAGCAACGGAGAGUUCCAUGGUAAACGGUAACGAUAUUUGAAAACGUCGCCGCAACAAAUUCUACAUCUUUCAGAGAUUCUUUUGCAGAAUCUUUGCUUGCCAGAUCGAGAAAACGCAUUGAGUUUCUCUUUCGUCUCUACUUCUCUUUCCUCUCCCUCCCUCCUCUCCCUCUCUCUCUCUCUCUCUCUCUCUCUCUCUCUCUCUCUCUCUCUCUCUCUCU